CAGCUGAAAAGAAAUUAGGCCGAAGUUUGACUAUCGACCAAAUAAUUUUGGUGGGUGGUUCAACUCGCAUGCCAAUGGUAGAAACAUUACUCGAAGCAAAAUUCGGCCAGAAAAAAAUUAAUAAAUCCGUCAAUCCGGACGAAGUGGUAGCAGUUGGAGCUUCCAUUCAAGGUGCAGUUCUGGCUGGUGAUUUUGGCAAAGAUAUUGUGCUUUCAGACGUUACUUCGCUUUCUCUGGGUAUUGAGGUCCAAUCGGCCAGAGGUGAAGAAGGAAUUAACGACAUAAUCAUUCCCCGCAACACCGCCAUUCCUACUUCCAAAACUAAAAUUUACUCCACGGCCGAGGAUAACCAACCGAGCGUUCAUAUUCGCGUUCUCCAAGGAGAAAGACCUCGUGCUUCCGAUAAUAAAAUAGUCGGAACUUUUGAAUUGGGUGGUAUUGCACCAAAGCCAAGGGGCGUUCCCCAAAUUGAAGUUACUUUCAAUAUUGAC